AUGCCAGGAGAACUUGCUGUGGAUGAAGUAAGUUUAUCACCUAAUGACCGUUAUAAAACUGAAGUAUACUUUAUUGUCCUUGACGCUAUUGUAAUGUCCAUUUCUAUGAGAUUCGACCAGUCAAGAGAAAUAUUAAAAGAUUUAUAUCUAUUAUCUCCUCAACGAAUUUUGAAGUACAGUGAUGGUAUAAGCAAGACAUUACCAGAGGAUGCAUUUAAUGAAAUUGAAGAUUGGUUACCUGGGAUUAAUAUAAACUAUUUAAAAAAUGAAUAUUUAACUUUGAGCUCAUCAUUAAAGGGUUUACUUGAUAGCUGUCCAACACUGCCCAAGCAACUGCAUAAGAACAUUUCUAAGGAACAAAAUUAA